CUGCAUUAUGUAAACCGUCAUCACCACCGCACGCGCGUUCCAAUCGCAAGGGCUAUUCAGCCGCCGCACACAAACAGUCACGGACCGACGGGUUUACAGAACUGAGGAUUUAAAUUAAAUACCGAGUGUGAGAGACGUUGAGCCUUGGGUGAGGGAGGGAAAGAGACUGAUUUGUAUCUUCCCCAGAUCGGGAGGGGGAGGAGGCACGGAGAAUGAGCUAUUAUUGUACCAGCACAGAGGCUGUGUGUAAUAGCCAGGACGCACCUAACGCCAGUGCGAGGAAAGCAGCUACUAAUAAUACGAACCGUGGCAGCGAAGGUCUCGAGAGCAGCAGCAGCACUAGUUCACGGCAGUCGCAACCCCAACCGCUCGUGGCCAUGAAAGUGAAGAAAGGCUGCAACUCGACAGAUGCUGGGGUCCCGGUUACAAGUGAAGAGGAGUUGCUAAGAAACCCCGUAAUAUCGCCUGAGGAUGUACUUGGGUUACAAAAGAUCACCGAAAACUACCUAUGUUCCCCAGAGGAGAACGUUCACAUGAUCGACUUCACACGGUUCAAGAUCCGAGACAUGGAGACAGGGACGGUGCUGUUUGAGAUCACUAAACCCCCUGUACCUGCAGGCGAAAAGAAGGAUUUUGACCCCAACGGAGGCCGCUUCGUCCGUUACCAGUUCACCCCUGCCUUCCUGCAGCUGCGCCAGGUCGGCGCCACUGUGGAGUUCACAGUGGGAGACAUGCCCAUCAACAACUUCAGGAUGAUUGAGAGGCACUACUUCAGAGAGCAGCUCCUCAAAAGCUUUGAUUUUGAGUUUGGUUUCUGUAUGCCCAGCAGCAAGAACACCUGCGAACACAUCUACGAGUUCCCCCCUCUGUCAGAGGACAUCAUGCGCGAGAUGAUCCUGCACCCGUACAAAACGCAGUCCGACAGCUUCUACUUUGUGGACAACAAGCUGGUGAUGCACAACAAGGCAGACUACUCCUACAGUGGGAGUCCGUAGGAGCACAGGACUUCCCUAGACACCUAGACCCACUCCAACUCUAACUCACCCCACCAUAGGACCAUGGACAGACAGACAGACAGACAGACAGACAGACAGACAGACAGACAGACAGACAGACAGACAGACAGACAGACAGACAGACAGACAGACAGACAGACGGAGACGGAGAGACGUAUGGAUGGACUGACAGGUCACAAGCAGCAGGACUGAUGGACAGCCUAUCGCACUCUCAAAAGCUUUAUUUUCUUCAAUCAGAAUUCCUCCAUUGCUUGUUAUCCCCUCAAUUGCAAUCCCCUACUCCAGUCUCUUGCAAUGACCUCUCAACUUUCUGUGUCUGAUAGAGAGUGUUAUAGAUGUGUACACAGUCUAGCAUACAUAAACACACACAGACCUUCGCUAUGGGACACGUCUGAUGUGGCCUGAUCUAGACAAAUUAAAAGCACAACCAGUAGAGUAUAUAAGGGCCUGUAACAAUGAGUGAGAUUGAAUGUCUAGUCAGUGAGUUCUCAGUCAGUCAGCUAAAGAGAAAAAGAGAAAGGGAGAGAGAGAUAAGAAGAGACAAAAAAUGAAGAGAGCGAGAAAGAGAGAUAGAGUGUCUGCUUUUCUGCACUUCAUCUCAUUGACAUUUACAGUACCAGUCAAAAGUUUGGACACACCUACUCAUUCAAGGGUUUUACGUGACUAUUUUCUACAUUGUAGAAUAAUAGUGAAGACAUCAAAACUAUGAAAUAACACAUAUGGAAUCAUGUAAUAACCAAAAAAGUGUUGCCAGUAUGAUAGGUUUGCACAUUCUUGGCAUUCUCUCAACCAGCUUCAUGAGGUAGUCACCUGGAAUGCAUUUCAAUAACAGGUGUGCCUUGUUAAAAGUUAAUUUCUGGAAUGUCUUGCCUUCUUAAUGCGUUUGAGCCAAUCAGUUGUGUUGUGACAGGUUAGGGGUGGUAUACAGAAGGUAGCACUAUUUGGUAAAAGACCAAGUCCAUUAUUAUUAUUUGCCCUUUGGUCUGAUUAGUCCAAAUUUGAGAUUUUUGGUUCCAAUCGCCGUGUCUUUAUGAGACGCAGAGUAGGUGAAUGGAUGAUCUCCGCAUGUGUGGUUCCCACCGAGAAGCAUGGAGGAGGAGGUGUGAUGGUGUGGGCGUGCUUUGGUGUUAUACUGUCAGUGAUUUAUUUAGAAUUCAAGGCACACUUAACCAGCAUGGCUACCACAGCAUUCUGCAGCGAUACGCCAUCCCACCUGGUUUGCGCUUAGUGGGACUAUCAUUUGUUUUUCAACAGGACAAUGACCCAACACACCUCCAGGCCAUGUAAGGGCUAUUUGACCAAGAAGAAGAGUGAUGGAGUGCUGCAUCAGAUGACCUGGCCUCCAAAAUCACCCGACCUCAACCCAAUUGAGAUAGUUUGGGAUGAGUUGGACCGCAGAGUGAAGGAAAAGCAGCCAACAAGUGCUCAGAAUAUGUGGGAAGUCCUUCAAGACUGUUGGAAAAGUAUUCCAGGUGAAGCGUGUUGAGAGAAUGCCAAGAGUGUGCAAAGCUGUCAUCAAGGCAAAGGGUGGCUACUUUGAAGAAUCUAAAAUAUAUCAUAUAUUUUGGUUACUACAUGAUUCCAUAUGUGUUAUUUCAUAGUUUUGAUGUCUUCACUAUUAUUCUACAAUGUAGAACAUAGUAAAACAUAAAGAAAAACCCUUGAAGGAGUAGGUGUGUCCCAACUUUUGACUGGUACUGUAGCUAUUUAAACAACACAGACAGACAGACAGACAGACAGACAGACAGACAGACAGACAGACAGACAGACAGACAGACAGAGUGACACAGACACACAGACACACAAUCAUCAAAACAUGUAUUCUAGUCAAGCAAGCAGAACCUAUAUAUUUCUACUAGGGUUCUGCUACUUUUUUUUACUCUUAAAGAAAGUCAAAAAAAGUUUCUUGAAUUUCUAAUAAAUAGCUAUUAGCUCUGAAUGAUUCGUUGUCCCUGAAAGUAACAGUCCUGCCGUUUGAUGAGGUUCUUUGUUGAUCACCAUACCAGUAGAAACCAGUUGAAUUCCAUUAGCAUACAGUACAUCGUAGAAUGGGACAGGUACUCUUUUAAUGUGAAUGUGUCGUAUUAGGGCUGGAAAAUUCUAGCUUUUCCAAAACUCCCUGGUUUUCCAGAAGUCCCUUUUGGAGGAUUCCUGGAUUUCUUAUUCCAGCCUGUUUCCAGGAAUUUUCCAACAUGGAUUUUUGGAAAAACUGGGAAUUUUAGGAAAGUUACUGGAAUUUUGCAACCCUAGUCGUGUUUAUUUACGUAUACUCAUAGUUUUAUCUUCUAAAGUAUUUUUUUAAGUAGCCACUUUGACGAGUUAAAAGUAGGCGAAGGAUAGUCAUAUAUGAACUCAAAACCAGAUAUUCAUUUUGAUAUCCAGCUCAUAUUUAGUCUCAAGAGAUCUGCAGAUGUAUUUAUAAGAAAUGUGGUUAUUGUAAAUUAAAAUGAUGUAAAGUUUGGACAGUUGAAAUGCCACUCAGAGAAAUAAAUAUAUGUGAUUUUUUUGGGAAGUCUUGAAA